GCGUCUUGGUUAUUCAUUUGUGCUGCUUCAAUCUUCUAGAUCCGUUAGCGACGUAGUACUGUUUUAUGGUACAAUUCAGUGUAGUAAAACCGUUUUCGGAACAGUAGUUUUAAUUAUUUUGAAUUGUUGAUUAUUCCCUCAACCUAAAAAUGCACAUCAAUUUGAGUGCGAUCCUGUACGCGUUACUGGUGAUGUGCGUAGCUUUGACUCACGCCAAACCACUGCGAAGGGAUGCAACGGGGAUUGAAAAAAACCCGCUACUGGAGCGGCAACGGUUUAAGAGGCAAUUUUCGCUUAAUCUCGGUGCUACGCACGAGGACGGCUACGGGACGGACGUCAACGCGGAAGCUAUAGCCAGUCUGUGGAAGAGCCAGAGCGGAAACACCAAGCUGGAUGGAUCGGCAAGCUACAAUCAGCACUUUGGCGGGCUGGCUGGUGACGGUAAAGCGCGCAUUAGUGGACUAUUAACAUUUUCUCAUGGCUACUGAACUAU